AUGUGGACAAGUUUUCAAGUCGUCCUCUUCUUCCGACAGCUCGGGGUCAAAGUCAACAGGUAUUGACGUUGGGAGUUUUUUGAAGAAGGAUGAGUUUCUGGUUAGCAGACGUCCAGAGCGUGUUACCGUUAUCAUCGAUCCUUUGAUUCUCAUGACUUUGCAAGGUUUAGGAUCGUAUGGAGUCAUGAGUUUUCCUUUGACUUGCUGACGGCAGAGUACCAUGUCUUCUGGUUUGAGUGUGGAGGGUCGUGCUCAGUUCUUGUAGUCUCUUUCAUGCGUUGCUUUGCACGUUGGUCAGUGUCACAUAGCUUGGUGUUUGGUGUGAAGUGAGGCAUUGUGGGAAGUGUACUGCAGAGUUCUUCCAAACAUCAGCUCUUGAUACCUUGAGUAUUUGUCGACAACUACAAGUAGGUAAUCACCCGAUGGGAAAGGACCACAGAAAUCGACUGAUACUUCUAGCCAUGGACCUUUGGGAAGUUUCGACAUAAACAGUGGUUCCUUAGGAUUUUCUGCAGUGGCAGCUUGACAUGGAAUGCAUUGCUGAAUUGCUUUUUCCACCAUGUCAUCUAUGCCUGGAAACCAAACCUUCUCUCUCAGUAGCUGUUUUGUUUUCACAAUACCUAGAUGUCCUGUGUGAGCUACUAUAGGUUGAUUGCUUUUUUAUGGAGAGAGGCUGGAAGAACGAGCCGUGUUCCUCUCAGAAUGAUGUUUGCUUGAGCAUUGAUUGUUAGUUCAUGUCUCAUGCGAAAGAGUGCUUUUGAUGUUUGGAAAUCAGCAUAUUGUGUGUCACGUGGUGAAUCUAGCCAGGUUCCUGUGGACAAUAGGCACAUCACCUUCUGUAGAGCUGAGUCUUUCUUUGUUUCUUCUUGCACCUCUUCUAGAGUCAUCGCUUUGGGAACUGUGUUGUCAAUGAUACAGUUCACAUAUUCCUCUGCCAUGCGAGAGGUUCUUUGUGGUGUUUCCCCUGCGAUGGGUUGUCUUGACAUGUAGUCGGCAGAGUUGUCUUUACCGGCUUUGUACUUCACAGUGUAGCUGUAGGGUUGUAGUCUCAGUCUCCACCGCUCAAGUCGUGCUGGGGGUGUGGCUUUUGGGUUGUUGAAGAAAAGCUCUAGUGGUAAAUGGUCUGUGAUGACCGUGAAGUGAGCUCCGUAGAGAUACAAGUGAAAGUGUUCACAUGCCCAGAUGAUUGCCAGAGCUUCUCUCUCAGUUUAUGAGUGUCGCUGUCCAACCUCUGAAAGCGCUCGGCUGGCAUAUGCAAUUAUAUUGGUGUCUUUGUCACUUGUAGGGUUGUGCUGACUUAGUAUGGCACCUGUUUCUAUAUUUUUCAUAGCUGUCUAUUUACCACCACAAACCAAUGCUGGCAUUAAGAUUGCACUGAAUGAGCUGUAUAAGGUCAUAAGUGAACAGAAAAAUGCUCAUCCAGAGGCAACGUUCCUAGUGGCAGGGGACUUUAAUGCAGGGAAACUUACAUUUGUUCUACCUAAUUUUUACCAGCAUGUUAAAUGUGCAACCAGCGGCGUGUGCUGCAUCAGACACUGUUAGUUCUUACAUUUUUAAUCGCAGACUGGUGCUGUUGUCCCCUUGACCAGGUGUGAUCUUUUCUUGUGAGCUCACGAAGAGGCUGUGCGGUUGUUGCGAAGUCUGGUAUGAACCGUAUUGUAUUGUAUACCAAGUAGUAUUGUAUCAUACCAAGUAGACUGUGAACUACAGAGACAUUUUGAGGUGCUGGCAGAUUCUGUAUGGCUUUGAUUUUCUUUGGAUCUACCGAAAUGCCUUUCUCUGAGAAAACAUAGCCGUAAAACUCAAGUGUUGUUUUGCUGUAUUCGCAUUUGUCAAGAUUUUUCCCUCUCAAUCUCUGAAACACAGCUUUGAGACUUGUGUUGCGUUCAUCUUGGGAUCUACCGUAGACUGACUAGGAUGUCAUCGCUCAUAUUUCUCACGUUGGGAAUGCCUUGCAGCACUUGCUGCAUUACAUUUUGAAACACCUCGGCAGCUGAAUUUAUGCCAAAGUUCAGUCUGGUGUAUCUCCAGAGGCCAGUAUGUGUAGUGAAGUCUGGAUGUAACUCAAGCUGGUGGUAUCCAGCAUUAAGAUCUAGCUUGGGGAACACCACAGCUCCAUUCAGAUCAUGGAUGAGGUCAUCAACCAUUGGUGUGAUGUGUCGUUCACAUUGUAUUGCUGUGUUUGGAAGGCGCAUGUUGACACAGACACAAACUUUAUCAGGCCUUUGGUGUGACCACUAUUGGGGAUACCCAUGGCGUUGGCCCGCAGAUUUUUUCAAUGAUGUCUUGGCUUUGUAGUGUGUCAAGCUCCUGUUGAACCUUUUCUUUCAUGUGAAAAGGAAUCCUCCUGUGUGGUUGUACUGCUGGUUGUGUCAUCAAUGUUCAGCUUCACUUGAAAGUCUCUGAGUUUUCCGAUGCCUUGGAAGAGGUCCUGGUAUAUGAAUGGACCAUAGCUGGUUCACUUGGAGUGGGCAGAGAGUUGAUUAUUUUCAGAAGUCGGAGGUCUGUUGCUCUCUGACAGCUAAGUAAUGAGCCAGAGUCACCUUUGAUUACAUAGAAAGUGGUAUCCACCAUCUUAGUCUUGGAGCGGACUGGUGCUGUGAAUUUUCCUGUCAGUGGAAGUAGUUUGGAUGAGCCAUAAGCAAAGAUGUUUGCCUUAGCCUGUUUUAAUUCACAGCUGGGCUUUAGCUUGUCAUGUGAAAACAUCAACAAUGUUAACGCUUGCUCCCGAAUCAACAAUAACAUCCACAGUUGUGUUCAUAAAGGUAACUUGGAUGUCUGGUUGCGAUGGUUUCUGUGGUGUACACACAACAUACACAUAAUCAUCAUCAUCAGAGCUUGGUGAGGUGUCUUGUUUUUGUGUCUUUUUUGUCAUCUUGUGACUGCACUUUAUGCACUUUGUGUUUCGGACACUGUUGGGUUAGUUUUUCAGCAACUGGAGGAGUGGACUCGGUGGUUUGUGAUCUACAGCAUUUUUUUAAGUGAUUCAACUUUCCACUUCCUUAAAAAAAAAUCCCCCUUGCAGGGCAGUUUGUUUGUCCUCCGUUGUGUGGGAAUUGUCCUCCACAGUUAUUGCAUGUUCUGUUUUGAUGUUUGUCGCUUUCAUUUUUGUAGCCCUGGCUUUGUUAUAUUUUUGUACAGCGCACACUGCAAGUUAUUUUUGUGAUUUUGAUUGAGCAUUCUCCAUGCCUGCAGCUUGUUUAUUCAUUGUUUCUUGUGCACUGCCUGUAUCAAGUAGUUGUUGGAGAGCCAUUGAACCAUUGUUUAGCGCCAUCCUGCGGAGGCGCGCGGAACUGCAGCUUAGUAUUAUCUGUGACUUUUUUCUUUAUCAAAUAGCUAGCUAACAUUGAACCUGGUUGGUUAGCUACCUGCAGAUUCAUUCACAAUGAGUUGGGAUUAUGGUUAAUUGUUUAGCUAGCUAGCUACAUGUCUAAACAAAAGACUCCACUAUGCAAGUAACCACUUCACUGUUCCGUUUACACCUUCUUUAUCCUGUUCAUGUGACAAAAAAACAUAGAUUUUAUUUGAUAUAGUAUGUGUUUACCAGAGAAGGUAAUGUGAAGAACAACAUGACCUGCACCAAAGUCAAAUUAGGAUAUAGCGUUAGGCCAACCGAGACAGUGUCCAUGUUCUAAAAUUCUCCGGUAGAAUGCCCUGCUUUUAUUUCGUCACACUCACAACCAUAAGCUAUAUUCUGUAAUUGGCUCGCCAUUAACUUGUAAAUAAUGAUCUUGUUGUGAGUUUAUUUUCCUGUUCCUCAACUGCAGUGUAUGAUAUACCAUUGUGUAGCUGAGUCUCUACUUUUAUCCAAUGUAAAAAACACAAUUUAAAAUGUUGCUAUGUAAGACGAAUCGAGGCGGUCGGUCACAUAUGCACAUGUUUUUGUGACACAGAGGUGGAACAGGGUGCCAGUCCUUGUGAAACAUUCCUUUCCCCUAGGGUCAGAUUUCAAAGUGAGAGUAGACCACGGAGAGAAAGAAGAAGUAAACUCAGGGCAAGACAGACCUCCAAAGCACAUAAAUAACAGUAUUAACACCAACCUCAUAUUAUAAUUGGGCUUUUCUGGAGAAUAAUAGGGAAGACAUCAGAACUAUGAAAUAACACAUAUGGAAUCAUGUAGUAACCAAAAAAGUGUUCAAAAUAUAGCCACCCUUUGCCUUGAUGACAGCUUUGCACACUCUUGGCAUUCCCUCAACAAGCUUCAUGAGGUAGUCACCUGUAAUGCUUUUCCAACAGUCUUGAAGGAGUUCCCACAUAUGCUGAGCACUUGUUGGCUGCUUUUCCUUCACUCUCCUUCUUGGUCAAAUAGCCCUUACACAGCCUGGAUGUGUGUUUUGUGCAAACCAGAUGGGAUGGCGUAUCACUGCAGAAUGCCGUGAUAGCUAUGCUGGUUAAGAGUGCCUUGAAUUCUAAAUAAAUCACAAACAGUGUCACCAGCAAAGGACCAUCACACCUCCUCCUCCAUGCUUCACGGUGGGAACCACACAUGCAGAGAUCAUCCAUUCACCUACUCUGCAACUCACAAAGACACAGGGUUUGGAACCAAAAAUCUAAUUUGGACUCAUCAGACCAAAGGACAGAUUUCCACCAGUCUAAUGUCCAUUUGCCCAAGCAAGUCUCUUCUUCUUAUUGGUGCCCUUUAGUAGUGGUUUCUUUGCAGCAAUUCGACCAUGAAGGCCUGAUUCACGCAGUCUCCUCUGAACAGUUGAUGUUGAAAUGUGUCUGUUACUUGAACUCUGUGAAGCAUUUAUUUUGGCUACAAUCUGAGGUGCAGUUAACUCUAAUGAAUGUAUCCUCUGCAGCAGAGGUAACUCUGGGUCUUCCUUUCCUGUGGCAGUCCUCAUGAGAGCCAGUUUCAUCAUAGCGCUUGAUGGGUUUUGUGACUGCACUUGAAGAAACUUUCAAAGUUCUUGAAAUAUUCCAGAUUGACUGACCUUCAUGUCUUAAAGUAAUGAUGGACUGUCAUUACUCUUUGCUUAUUUGAGCUGUUCUUGACAUAAUAUGGACUUAGUCUUUUACCAAAUAAGGCUGUCUUCUGUAUACCACCUCUACAUUUUAGUCAUUUAGCAGACGCUCUUACCUAGAGUGACUUACAGUUAGUGAGUGCAUGCAUUUUCAUACUGUAACGAACCCACAACCCUGGCGUUGCAAGCGCCAUGCUCUACCAACUGAGCUACAGGGGACUCUACCUUGUCAUAACACAACUGAUUGGCUCAAACGCAUUAAGAAGGAAAGAAAUUCCACAAAUUAACUUUUAAGAAUCCACACCUGUUAAUUGAAAGGCAUUCAAGGUGACUACCUCAUGAAGCUGGUUGAGAGAAUGCCAAGAGUGUGUAAAGCUGUCAAGGCAAAGGGUGGCUAUUUGAAGAAUCUCAAAUAUAAAAUAUGUUUUGAUUUGUUUAACACUUUUUUGGUUACUACAUGACUCCAUAUGUGUUAUUUCAUAGUUUGAUGUCUUCACUAUUAUUCUACAAAAUAAAGAAAAACACUUGAAUGAGUAGGUGUUCUAAAACUUUUGACUGGUAGUGUAUAUACAGUGAGGGAAAAAAGUAUUUGAUCCCCCGCUGAUUUUUUUACAUUUUCCCACUGACAAAGAAAUGAUCAGUCUAUAAUUUUAAUGGUAGGUUUAUUUGAACAGAGAGACAAAAUAACAACAAAAAAAUCCAUAAAAACGCAUGUCAAAAAUGUUAUAAAUUGAUUUGCAUUUUAAUGAGGGAAAGAGGUUCUCACCCAAGAUUUGACGGUACGUGGUCCCGUCCAUCGUCCCUUUGAUGCGGUGAAGUUGUCCUGUCCCCUCAGUAGAAAAACACCCCCAACGUAUAAUGUUUCCACCUCCAUGUUUGACAGUGGGGUGGUGUUCUUGGGGUCAUAGGCAGCAUUCCUCCUCCUCCAAACACGGCGAGUUGAUUUGAUGCCAAAGAGCUCCAUUUUGGUCUCAUCUGACCACAACAUCUGAUCACCCAGUUCUCCUCUGAAUCAUUCAGAUGUUCAUUGGCAAACUUCAGACGGGCCUGUAUAUGUGCUUCUUGAGCAGGGGGACCUUGCGGGCACUGCAGGAUUUCAGUCCUUCACGGCGUAGUGUGUUAUCAAUUGUUUUAUUGGUGACUAUGGUCCCAGCUGCCUUGAGAUCAUUGACAAGAUCCUCCCGUGUAGUUCUGGGCUGAUUCCUCACCGUUCUCAUGAUCAUUGCAACUCCACGAGGUGAGAUCUUGCAUGGAUCCCCACCCCCCACCCUAUCUUUUUACGCUGCUGCUACUCUGUUAAUUAUUUAUGCAUAGUCACUUUAACUCUACCCACAUGUACAUAUUACUUCAACUACCUCAACUAGCCGGUGCCCCCGCACAUUGACUCUGCACCGGUACCCCCUGUAUAUAUAGCCUACCUACUGUUAUUUUAUUUUACUUUUACUCUUUUUUUCUCAACACUUUUUUGUUGUUGUUUUAUUUUACUUUUUUAUAAAAAAUAAAUGCACUGUUGGUUAAGGGCUGUAAGUAAGCAUUUCACUGUAAUGUUUGCACCGGUUGUAUUCGGCGCAUGUGGUCAAUAAAAUUGUAUUUUAUUUUAUUUGAAACAAACUGGGCUGGCGUCAACUAACAGUGUCGACCUCUUGGCUGGGUCAAAGUAGGCUGUCGGCGUGUGCUGCAUCAGACACUGUUAGUUCUUACAUUUUUAAUCGCAGACUGGUGCUGUUGUCCCCUUGACCAGGUGUGAUCUUUUCUUGUGAGCUCACGAAGAGGCUGUGCGGUUGUUGCGAAGUCUGGUAUGAACCGUAUUGUAUUGUAUACCAAGUAGUAUUGUAUCAUACCAAGUAGACUGUGAACUACAGAGACAUUUUGAGGUGCUGGCAGAUUCUGUAUGGCUUUGAUUUUCUUUGGAUCUACCGAAAUGCCUUUCUCUGAGAAAACAUAGCCGUAAAACUCAAGUGUUGUUUUGCUGUAUUCGCAUUUGUCAAGAUUUUUCCCUCUCAAUCUCUGAAACACAGCUUUGAGACUUGUGUUGCGUUCAUCUUGGGAUCUACCGUAGACUGACUAGGAUGUCAUCGCUCAUAUUUCUCACGUUGGGAAUGCCUUGCAGCACUUGCUGCAUUACAUUUUGAAACACCUCGGCAGCUGAAUUUAUGCCAAAGUUCAGUCUGGUGUAUCUCCAGAGGCCAGUAUGUGUAGUGAAGUCUGGAUGUAACUCAAGCUGGUGGUAUCCAGCAUUAAGAUCUAGCUUGGGGAACACCACAGCUCCAUUCAGAUCAUGGAUGAGGUCAUCAACCAUUGGUGUGAUGUGUCGUUCACAUUGUAUUGCUGUGUUUGGAAGGCGCAUGUUGACACAGACACAAACUUUAUCAGGCUUUUGGUGUGACCACUAUUGGGGAUACCCAUGGCGUUGGCCCGCAGAUUUUUUCAAUGAUGUCUUGGCUUUGUAGUGUGUCAAGCUCCUGUUGAACCUUUUCUUUCAUGUGAAAAGGAAUCCUCCUGUGUGGUUGUACUGCUGGUUGUGUCAUCAAUGUUCAGCUUCACUUGAAAGUCUCUGAGUUUUCCGAUGCCUUGGAAGAGGUCCUGGUAUAUGAAUGGACCAUAGCUGGUUCACUUGGAGUGGGCAGAGAGUUGAUUAUUUUCAGAAGUCGGAGGUCUGUUGCUCUCUGACAGCUAAGUAAUGAGCCAGAGUCACCUUUGAUUACAUAGAAAGUGGUAUCCACCAUCUUAGUCUUGGAGCGGACUGGUGCUGUGAAUUUUCCUGUCAGUGGAAGUAGUUUGGAUGAGCCAUAAGCAAAGAUGUUUGCCUUAGCCUGUUUUAAUUCACAGCUGGGCUUUAGCUUGUCAUGUGAAAACAUCAACAAUGUUAACGCUUGCUCCCGAAUCAACAAUAACAUCCACAGUUGUGUUCAUAAAGGUAACUUGGAUGUCUGGUUGCGAUGGUUUCUGUGGUGUACACACAACAUACACAUAAUCAUCAUCAUCAGAGCUUGGUGAGGUGUCUUGUUUUUGUGUCUUUUUUGUCAUCUUGUGACUGCACUUUAUGCACUUUGUGUUUCGGACACUGUUGGGUUAGUUUUUCAGCAACUGGAGGAGUGGACUCGGUGGUUUGUGAUCUACAGCAUUUUUUUAAGUGAUUCAACUUUCCACUUCCUUAAAAAAAAAUCCCCCUUGCAGGGCAGUUUGUUUGUCCUCCGUUGUGUGGGAAUUGUCCUCCACAGUUAUUGCAUGUUCUGUUUUGAUGUUUGUCGCUUUCAUUUUUGUAGCCCUGGCUUUGUUAUAUUUUUGUACAGCGCACACUGCAAGUUAUUUUUGUGAUUUUGAUUGAGCAUUCUCCAUGCCUGCAGCUUGUUUAUUCAUUGUUUCUUGUGCACUGCCUGUAUCAAGUAGUUGUUGGAGAGCCAUUGAACCAUUGUUUAGCGCCAUCCUGCGGAGGCGCGCGGAACUGCAGCUUAGUAUUAUCUGUGACUUUUUUCUUUAUCAAAUAGCUAGCUAACAUUGAACCUGGUUGGUUAGCUACCUGCAGAUUCAUUCACAAUGAGUUGGGAUUAUGGUUAAUUGUUUAGCUAGCUAGCUACAUGUCUAAACAAAAGACUCCACUAUGCAAGUAACCACUUCACUGUUCCGUUUACACCUUCUUUAUCCUGUUCAUGUGACAAAAAAACAUAGAUUUUAUUUGAUAUAGUAUGUGUUUACCAGAGAAGGUAAUGUGAAGAACAACAUGACCUGCACCAAAGUCAAAUUAGGAUAUAGCGUUAGGCCAACCGAGACAGUGUCCAUGUUCUAAAAUUCUCCGGUAGAAUGCCCUGCUUUUAUUUCGUCACACUCACAACCAUAAGCUAUAUUCUGUAAUUGGCUCGCCAUUAACUUGUAAAUAAUGAUCUUGUUGUGAGUUUAUUUUCCUGUUCCUCAACUGCAGUGUAUGAUAUACCAUUGUGUAGCUGAGUCUCUACUUUUAUCCAAUGUAAAAAACACAAUUUAAAAUGUUGCUAUAUAAGACGAAUCGAGGCGGUCGGUCACAUAUGCACAUGUUUUUGUGACACAGAGGUGGAACAGGGUGCCAGUCCUUGUGAAACAUUCCUUUCCCCUAGGGUCAGAUUUCAAAGUGAGAGUAGACCACGGAGAGAAAGAAGAAGUAAACUCAGGGCAAGACAGACCUCCAAAGCACAUAAAUAACAGUAUUAACACCAACCUCAUAUUAUAAUUGGGCUUUUCUGGAGAAUAAUAGGGAAGACAUCAGAACUAUGAAAUAAAACAUAUGGAAUCAUGUAGUAACCAAAAAAGUGUUCAAAAUAUAGCCACCCUUUGCCUUGAUGACAGCUUUGCACACUCUUGGCAUUCCCUCAACAAGCUUCAUGAGGUAGUCACCUGUAAUGCUUUUCCAACAGUCUUGAAGGAGUUCCCACAUAUGCUGAGCACUUGUUGGCUGCUUUUCCUUCACUCUCCUUCUUGGUCAAAUAGCCCUUACACAGCCUGGAUGUGUGUUUUGUGCAAACCAGAUGGGAUGGCGUAUCACUGCAGAAUGCCGUGAUAGCUAUGCUGGUUAAGUGUGCCUUGAAUUCUAAAUAAAUCACAAACAGUGUCACCAGCAAAGCACCAUCACACCUCCUCCUCCAUGCUUCACGGUGGGAACCACACAUGCAGAGAUCAUCCAUUCACCUACUCUGCAACUCACAAAGACACAGGGUUUGGAACCAAAAAUCUAAUUUGGACUCAUCAGACCAAAGGACAGAUUUCCACCAGUCUAAUGUCCAUUUGCCCAAGCAAGUCUCUUCUUCUUAUUGGUGCCCUUUAGUAGUGGUUUCUUUGCAGCAAUUCGACCAUGAAGGCCUGAUUCACGCAGUCUCCUCUGAACAGUUGAUGUUGAAAUGUGUCUGUUACUUGAACUCUGUGAAGCAUUUAUUUUGGCUACAAUCUGAGGUGCAGUUAACUCUAAUGAAUGUAUCCUCUGCAGCAGAGGUAACUCUGGGUCUUCCUUUCCUGUGGCAGUCCUCAUGAGAGCCAGUUUCAUCAUAGCGCUUGAUGGGUUUUGUGACUGCACUUGAAGAAACUUUCAAAGUUCUUGAAAUAUUCCAGAUUGACUGACCUUCAUGUCUUAAAGUAAUGAUGGACUGUCAUUACUCUUUGCUUAUUUGAGCUGUUCUUGACAUAAUAUGGACUUAGUCUUUUACCAAAUAAGGCUGUCUUCUGUAUACCACCUCUACAUUUUAGUCAUUUAGCAGACGCUCUUACCUAGAGUGACUUACAGUUAGUGAGUGCAUGCAUUUUCAUACUGUAACGAACCCACAACCCUGGCGUUGCAAGCGCCAUGCUCUACCAACUGAGCUACAGGGGACUCUACCUUGUCAUAACACAACUGAUUGGCUCAAACGCAUUAAGAAGGAAAGAAAUUCCACAAAUUAACUUUUAAGAAUCCACACCUGUUAAUUGAAAGGCAUUCAAGGUGACUACCUCAUGAAGCUGGUUGAGAGAAUGCCAAGAGUGUGUAAAGCUGUCAAGGCAAAGGGUGGCUAUUUGAAGAAUCUCAAAUAUAAAAUAUGUUUUGAUUUGUUUAACACUUUUUUGGUUACUACAUGACUCCAUAUGUGUUAUUUCAUAGUUUGAUGUCUUCACUAUUAUUCUACAAAAUAAAGAAAAACACUUGAAUGAGUAGGUGUUCUAAAACUUUUGACUGGUAGUGUAUAUACAGUGAGGGAAAAAAGUAUUUGAUCCCCCGCUGAUUUUUUUACAUUUUCCCACUGACAAAGAAAUGAUCAGUCUAUAAUUUUAAUGGUAGGUUUAUUUGAACAGAGAGACAAAAUAACAACAAAAAAAUCCAUAAAAACGCAUGUCAAAAAUGUUAUAAAUUGAUUUGCAUUUUAAUGAGGGAAAGAGGUUCUCACCCAAGAUUUGACGGUACGUGGUCCCGUCCAUCGUCCCUUUGAUGCGGUGAAGUUGUCCUGUCCCCUCAGUAGAAAAACACCCCCAACGUAUAAUGUUUCCACCUCCAUGUUUGACAGUGGGGUGGUGUUCUUGGGGUCAUAGGCAGCAUUCCUCCUCCUCCAAACACGGCGAGUUGAUUUGAUGCCAAAGAGCUCCAUUUUGGUCUCAUCUGACCACAACAUCUGAUCACCCAGUUCUCCUCUGAAUCAUUCAGAUGUUCAUUGGCAAACUUCAGACGGGCCUGUAUAUGUGCUUCUUGAGCAGGGGGACCUUGCGGGCACUGCAGGAUUUCAGUCCUUCACGGCGUAGUGUGUUAUCAAUUGUUUUAUUGGUGACUAUGGUCCCAGCUGCCUUGAGAUCAUUGACAAGAUCCUCCUGUGUAGUUCUGGGCUGAUUCCUCACCGUUCUCAUGAUCAUUGCAACUCCAAGAGGUGAGAUCUUGCAUGGAGCCCCAGGCCGAGGGAGAUUGACAGUUCUUUUGUGUUUCUUCCAUUUGCGAAUAAUCGCACCAACUGUUGUCACCUUCUCACCAAGCUGCUUGGCGAUGGUCUCGUAGCACAUUCCAGCCUUGUGUAGGUCUACAAUCUUGUCCCUGACAUCCUUGGAGAGCUCUAUGGUCUUGGCCAUGGUGGAGAGUUUGGAAUCUGAUUGAUUUAUUGCUUCUGUGGACAGGUGUCUUUUAUACAGGUAACAAGCUGAGAUUAGGAGCACUCCCUUUAAGAGUGUGCUCCUAAUCUCAGCUCGUUACCUGUAUAAUAGACACCUGGGACCCAGCAAUAUUUCUCAUUGAGAGGGGGUCAAAUACUUAUUUCCCUCUUUAAAAUGCAAAUCAAUUUAUAACAUUUCUGACAUGAGUUUUUCUGGAUUUUUUUGUUGUUAUUCUGUCUCUCACUGUUCAAAUAAAACUCCCUUUAAGAGUGUGCUCCUAAUCUCAGCUCGUUAACCUGUAUAAAAGACACCUGGGAGCCAGAAAUCUUUCUGAUUGAGAGGGGGUCAAAUACUUAUUUCCCUCACUGUACCUCCUCAACAAUCCACUGGUCCACCAGUACCUGUCAGCUCAUUUGUCUUGUGUUGUUUACCGGCAGACAUUCCUGGAGGGGUUUGGUGAUCCAACUAUGUCUGCCAUGCUGCCUCUCCGCCGUCUGUCCAACGACACCUCUUGACGUUGGUAUUUGUAGUACAGUAUUUCACAAAAGUGAGUACACCCCUCACAUUUUUGUAAAUAUUUGAGUAUAUCUUUUCAUGUGACAACACUGAAGAAAUGACACUUUGCUACAAUGUAAAGUAGUGAGUGUACAGCUUGUAUAACAGUGUACAUUUGCUGUCCCCUCAAAAUAACACAACACACAGCCAUUAAUGUCUAAACCGCUGGCAACAAAAGUGAGUACACUCCUAAGAGAAAAUGUCCAAAUUGGGCCCAAAGUGUCAAUAUUUUGUGUGGCCACCAUCAUUUUCCAGCACUGCCUUAACCCUCUUGGGCAUGGAGAUCACCAGAGCUUCACAGGUUGCCACUGGAGUCCUCUUCCACUCCUCCAUGAUGACAUCACAGAGCUGGUGGAUGUUAGAGACCUUGCACUCCUCCACCUUCCGUUUGAGGAUGCCCCACAGAUGCUCAAUAGGGUUUAGUUCUGGAGACAUACUUGGCCAGUCCAUCACCUUUACCCUCAGCUUCAAGCAAGGCAGUGGUCGUCUUGGAGGUGUGUUUGGGGUCGUUAUCAUGUUGGAAUACUGCCCUGCGGCCCAGUCUCCGAAGGGAGGGGAUCAUGCUCUGCUUCAGUAUGUCACAGUACAUGUUGGCAUUCAUGGUUCCCUCAAUGAACUGUAGCUCCCCAGUGCCGGCAGCACUCAUGCAGCCCCAGACCAUGACACUCCCACCACCAUGCUUGACUGUACGCAAGACACACUUGUCUUUGUACUCCUCACCUGGUUGCCGCCACACACGCUUGACACCAUCUGAACCAAAUAAGUUUAUCUUGGUCUCAUCAGACGACAGGACAUGGUUCCAGUAAUCCAUGUCCUUAGUCUGCUUGUCUUCGGCAAACUGUUUGCGGGCAUUCUUGUGCAUCAUCUUUAGAAGAGGCUUCCUUCUGGGACGACAGCCAUUCAGACCAAUUUGAUGCAGUGUGCGGCGUGUAGUCUGAGCACUGACAGGCUGACCCCCCACCCCUUCAACCUCUGCAGCAAUGCUGGCAGCACUCAUACGUCUAUUUCCCAAAGACAACCUCUGGAUAUGCUUAACAUUAUUUUUUAAUGACUACCUCAUCUCUGUACCCCACACAUACAAUUAUCUGCAAGGACCCUCAGUCAAGCAGUGAAUUUCAAACACAGAUUCAACCACAAAGACCAGGGAGGUUUUCUAAUGCCUUGCAAAGAAGGGCACCUAUUGGUCGAUGGGUAAAGAAAAAGAAGCAGACAUUAAAUAUCCAUUUGAGCAUGGUGAAGUUAUUAAUUACACUUUGGAUGGUGUAUGAAUAGACCCAGUCACUACAAAUAUAUAGGUGUCCUUCCUAACACAGUUGCCAGAGAGGAAGGAAACUGCUCAGGGAUUUCACCAUGAGGCCAAUGGUGUUAAGGCUAUGGUUCAACCCAGCACUCAGAGAAACCAACACGACAAAGGGAGUGGAAGAAACAAAAAUAUUUUAAUAAAAGUUCAAAUUGUCUUAGUCCAAAAACAACUGAAGUAAAGGAACAGAGUGGGCUAGUCGGCUCCGGAGGAAGGAGAGGCUGAGGCAGGCAGGCAGGCAGGCAGGCAGGCAGGCAGGCAGGCAGGCAGGCAGGUUGGGAGGUAUGUCCGAACUGAAGACAAAACAAACGACAGGUUAAGGAGAGUGGAGAGCCAGGCUGAAGACAAAGACAAAAUAACUUUACUGGUGAGCCAAGUUACCGCUCUGGUAAGAACAACGAUCUGGCGCCGGUGGAGAGCCAUGCCCAGGAAUAAGUAGUGCAGGUUGAUGAGAGAAUAGGAUGCAGCUGCGUAGGCAGGAAUCACUGGAAACAACCCGCAGCUGCACAGGAGAGGCAGAUCCUGAGCACGCCCCCUGCUCCACUCCAGACACACCCACAUAAAGGGGACAAACACACAUACAACAGAAAAAGAGGGGACAAAACAAGGAGGAAGGGAAACAGAAAAGGGAGAGACAAGCUGCCCACAUAACAGUACCCCCCCCUCAAUGGUCGCCACCUGGCGACCCACCAGGCCUGUCAGGGUUGUCGUGAUGGAAGUCCGUGAUCAGCUGAGGAUCCAACACAAAACGCUUAGGGACCCAAGACCUCUCCUCUGGUCCAUAACCUUCCCAAUCGACUAGGUAUUGGAGACCCCUACCCCGCCUCCGAGAGUCCAGGAGCCUACUGACGGUGUAGGCCGGAUGGUCGUCAAUGAGGCGAACAGGUGGAGGUGGAUCAGCCGGCGGACACAAAAGGCUGGAGGACACAGGUUUCAGUUGGGAGACGUGGAAGGUAGGGUGUAUCUUCAUGGCUGAAGGCAACUUCAAACGAACCGCAGCGGGGUUAAUGAUGGAUUCCACCACAAACGGACCCAGGUACCGAGGAGACAGCUUGCGUGAUUUGGUACGAAGAGGUACGUUCUUAGAUGACAGCCAAACCUCUUGACCAGGAUGAAACACAGGUGCGGGAGUCCUGCUCCUAUCCGCUGUUGUCUUGUUCCUGUCGGUGGUCCGAAGCAAUGCUUCCCGAGCGUCGCUCCACACUCUCUGGCAGCGGCGGAGGUUCUCCUGAACCGAAGGAACAGCCAAUUCCUUCUCCUGAGCAGGAAACAGAGGGGGUUGAUAACCCAUGGUAACCUCGAAGGGUGAAAGACCGGUGGCAGAGGCGGUGAGGGAGUUGUGGGCGUACUCUAUCCAGGGCAGAUGUUUAGCCCAGGAUGAUGGAUGUUGAGCAGCCACACAACGAAGGGUUGCUUCGAGGUUUUGAUUGGCUCUUUCUGUUUGACCGUUGGUCUGGGGAUGAAACCCUGAGGACAGACUAACGGAAGCACCCAAAGCAGAACAGAAACCCUUCCAAACACGGGAAGUAAACUGUGGGCCUCUAUCAGAUACGAUGUCCACAGGUAUUCCAUGGGGACGGAAUACAUGUUGGACUAGGAGGUCCGCUGUCUCACUGGCAGACGGUAAUUUUGGUAAUGCUAUAUAGUGGACAGAUUUAGAGAAUCUGUCCACAAUGGUAAGUAUAGUAUCAUUACCUUCAGACUUGGGUAGGCCGGUGACAAAAUCCAUGGCAAUGUGGGACCAGGGACGGCUGGGAACUGGGAGGGGUAGCAGCAGCCCCGAAGGGGACUGAUGGGAGGCUUUGCCCCGAGCACAGGUUGAACAGGCUGCCACAAAAGCCCGAACGUCAGUUUCCAUUGAAGGCCACCAAAAAUGUCUCCUAAGCAGCGUCAACGUGCGUCUCAUCCCAGGGUGACCAGCAAAACGGGAGGUGUGAAUCCACUGCAACACCUGAGACCGGACCGUCUCGGGAACAAAGAGUAGGUUGGGAGGUCCAUCACCCAGUCCCGGGUCCGUGGCAAGUGCAGUCUUCACAAGAGACUCGAUCUCCCACUGAACAGCCGCCACGACGCAUGAGGAAGGCAGGACUGCCUCAGGCUCGCUGGUCUCCGAAGGGUCAGCAAACUGGCGGGACAAAGCAUCUGGUUUAACAUUUCUUGACCCCGGUCUGUAUGUAAGAAUAAAGUUAAACCUACUAAAAAACAGGGCCCAUCUGGCUUGGCGUGAGUUGAGUCUCUUAGUGGCUUGGAUGUAAGCCAAGUUUUUGUGGUCAGUCCAGACCACAAACGGUAAUUCAGCUCCAUCCAGCCAGUGCCGCCAUUCUUCCAGUGCAAGCUUGACCGCCAGCAGUUCCCGGUUUCCAACGUCGUAAUUCCGUUCUGUGGGUGACAAUUUCUUGGAGAAAAAAGCACAGGGGUGAAGCCUUUGGUCAGUGGGGGAGCGCUGGGAGAGGACUGCUCCCACACCUGAGUCCGACGCGUCCACCUCCACAACAAACUGCAGAGAGGUAUUGGGGUGUAUCAACACGGGGGAGGUGGAAAACAGUUCCUUCAAAACCCCUACCGCCUGCUCCGCCUCAGGGGACCACCGAAAAGGGACUUUAGGAGAUGUGAGUCUUGUAAGGGGUGCCACCACUCUACUAAAACCCUUAAUGAAUCUACGGUAGAAGUUAGCAAAGCCCAAAAAUCGUUGAAGUUGCUUACGGGUGGUGGGUGUGGGCCAUUCCGUCACUGCCCGGAUCUUCUCGGGGUCCGCCUUCACCUGCCCGCUCUCAAUUAUGAAUCCAAGGAACGAUGUAGACUGUUUGUGGAACUCACACUUCUCUGCUUUGACGUACAGCUUGUUCUCCAAGAGCCGUUGAAGGACUUGACGGACGUGUGACUCAUGCUCCUCGGGUGACUUGGAAAAAACAAGAAUAUCAUCCAGGUAUACAAAGACAAAACGGUUCAAAAAAUCCCUAAGAACAUCGUUCACCAUGGCUUGGAAAACCGCAGGGGCAUUUGAAAGCCCAAAGGGCAUGACCAAAUACUCAAAAAUGUCCCAGUGGAGUGUUGAAAGCGGUUUUCCACUCAUCUCCCUUUCGGAUUCGGACAAGGUGAUAAGCUUUCCUGAGGUCGAGCUUGGAAAACACUGUGGCGCCAUGCAGAGGUUCAAAAGCUGAGUUGAUGAGUGGAAGGGGAUACUUGUUUUUAACAGUUAUGUUGUUUAAACCCCUGAAAUCGAUACAGGGGCGUAACGACUUGUCCUUCUUUUCCACGAAAAAGAAACCUGCACCCAAAGGAGACGACGAGGGACGGAUUAUGCCCGAGACCAGAGAAUCACCAAUGUACUGCUCCAUUGCCUCUCUUUCCGGUCGGGACAGAUUGUAUAACCGACUAGAGGGCAAGGGAGCACCAGGAAGCAGUUCAAUAGGGCAAUCAUAAGGCCUAUGUGGUGGUAGAGACAGAGCCUUGUCCUUACUGAAAACCUCCGCUAAGUCAUGGUAUUCUUUGGGGACAGAUGACAGAUCAAGAGGAGCUGAGGGAGGAGUUGGGUUACACUUAGUGGGGGGAACCGCUGACCUCAGGCACUCGGAAUGGCAGUUAGUGCUCCAACUGAGAAUGGUGUGACGUGUCCAAUCAAUUUGUGGGUUGUGAAGAGCCAACCAGGGGAAGCCAAGGAUUAGGGAGGUAGCUGAGCCAGACAUAACUCUUAGCUGAAUGCUUUCACAAUGAUUGCCAGAAAUCACUAGGGAAACGGGGGUGGUUUGAUGAGUUAUCUCCGCGAGGAGGCGCCCAUCAAGGGCUGUGACCCGGAUGGGGGUAGGUAGUGGCUCCAUGGGGAUACGAGCUUGUGUAACGAACUGGUGGCUAAUAAAGUUAUCUUCUGCACCUGAGUCUAUGAGAGCUGAGAGUGGCAGGGAAUGACUCUGGAAACGUAAGGUUACAGGUACUUGUAAUCGGGGAAUGAUGGGUUCAGGAUCUAACUCUGGGCUCGCAAGUAGACCCACCGUUACGAGCGAGCCUUGUCUUUUGGCCGCUUAGGGCAUGUAGCCAGAAUGUGUGUGGCGUCUCCACAGUACAGGCACUCACCCGCCUGGAGGCGCCGUUGCCGCUCAGCUGGAGGUAGUCGAGCUCGACCCACUUGCAUAGGUUCCUCCUCUGUGCUCGGGAUGGAAUCAGGAACAAGAAGCUGCCGACUCCGGAGAGGCGAGACUCGAGUGGUUGAAGGCUGGGGAACUCGUCCUCCUAGAUGUGGCCGAUCGCCUCUCUCCCGACGCCUCUCCCGCAACCGAUUGUCUAGCUUGAUGGACAGGGAAACGAGAGAAUGUAAAUCAUGUGGCUCAUCACGAGCAGCCAGUUCAUCCUUAAUGGCUUCAUUCAAACCGUUUAGAAAUGCUCCUUGAAGUGCCACAUUGUUCCACUUGGAGUCCGCUGCCAACGUCCAGAACUCAAUAGAGUACUCUGCCACACUGUUAGAACCCUGCCUCAAAUUAAAAAGUAUCUUGGAGGAAUUACCCACAUGGUCAGGAUGGUCAAAAACAGUCUUCAAUUUAGCAGAGAAAUCAGCAAAAGUCAAUCCAGUCAAAGUUUGAUCUGAGCACACAGCCUCAGCCCAAACCAGAGCUUUCCCUCUUAACAGCCCCAGAACAUAAUGUACCUUAGAUGAAUCAGUAGAAAACGACAGUGGUCUCUGCCGAAAAAUCAAGUCACACUGAAGCAAAAAUCCCCGGCACUUGUCCAAUUCUCCAUUGAACGGUUCAGGCGACGUGACAGGGGGUUCCCGACGGAACGAAGCCUGCCUAGUGUCCGAGGAAACAACUUGGGGUGCAUCAAACUGGGGGUCAGAGAGAGAUGGAGAACUGAUAACAGACAAUUUAGAGACGUGUGUAGUUAACUGAGUCACCUGGUUCAGCAGUUGAUGAUUAUCUUCCACAAGAGUCCGAAUCAACUGGUCAUGCUGUCCUAGCAACGUUCCUUGAGCCUGGAUAGCUUGUUGGAAGCUGUCUUUGUUUGCCCCGUGCUGUUUCUCUGUUGGGUCCAUGGCCAGAUCGUUCUGUUAAGGCUAUGGUUCAACCCAGCACUCAGAGAAACCAACACGACAAAGGGAGUGGAAGAAACAAAAAUAUUUUAAUAAAAGUUCAAAUUGUCUUAGUCCAAAAACAACUGAAGUAAAGGAACAGAGUGGGCUAGUCGGCUCCGGAGGAAGGAGAGGCUGAGGCAGGCAGGCAGGCAGGCAGGCAGGCAGGCAGGCAGGCAGACCGACAGGCAGGAAGGCAGGCAGGUUGGGAGGUAUGUCCGAACUGAAGACAAAACAAACGACAGGUUAAGGAGAGUGGAGAGCCAGGCUGAAGACAAAGACAAAAUAACUUUACUGGUGAGCCAAGUUACCGCUCUGGUAAGAACAACGAUCUGGCGCCGGUGGAGAGCCAUGCCCAGGAAUAAGUAGUGCAGGUUGAUGAGAGAAUAGGAUGCAGCUGCGUAGGCAGGAAUCACUGGAAACAACCCGCAGCUGCACAGGAGAGGCAGAUCCUGAGCACGCCCCCUGCUCCACUCCAGACACACCCACAUAAAGGGGACAAACACACAUACAACAGAAAAAGAGGGGACAAAACAAGGAGGAAGGGAAACAGAAAAGGGAGAGACAAGCUGCCCACAUAACAAAUGGUGACUUUAAAACAGUUACAGAGUUUAAUGGCUGUGAUAGGAGAAAACUGAGGAUGGAUCAAGAACAUUGUAGUUACUCUACAAUACUAACCUAAAUGACAGAGUAAAAAGAAGGAAGCCUGUACAUAAUACAAAUAUUACAAAACUUGCACCCUGCUUGCAAUAAGCCACUGAAGUAAAACUGCAAAAAAUGUGGCAAAGAAAUUAACUUUGUCCUGAAUACAAAGUGUUAUGUUUGGGGCAAAUCCAACACAACACAUCACUGAGUGCCACCCUUCAUAUUUUCAAGCAUUGUGGUGGCUGCAUCAUGUUAUGUGUAUGCUUGUCAUCUGCAAGGACUAGGGAAACCGAAUAGGGCUAAGCACAGGCAAAAUCCUAGAGGAUAACCUUGUUCAGUCUGCUUUCCAACAGACACUGGGAGACAAAUUCACCUUUCAGCAGGACAAUAACCUAAAACACCAAAUAUACACUGAGUGUACAAAACAUUAAGAACACCUUCCUACUCUUGAGUUGCACCCCUUUCCCCCUUUUGCCCCCAGAACAGCCUAAAUUAUUUGGGGCAUGGACUCUACAAGGCCCAUGUUGACUCCUAUGCUUCCCACAGUUGUGUCAAGUUGGCUUGAUGUCUUUUGGGUGGUCAACCAUUCUUGAUACACACAGGAAACUGUUGAGCGUGAAAAGCCCAAAAGCAUUGCAGUUCUUAACACAAACCGGUGCGCCUGGCACCUACUACCAUACCCUGUUCAAAGGCACUUAAAUAUUUUGUCUUGGCCAUUCACCCUCUGAAUGGCACACAUACACAAUCCAAGUCUCAAAUGUCUCAAGGCUUAAAAUUCAUUCUUUAACCUGUCUCUUCCCUUCAUCUACACUGAUUGAAGUGGAUUUAAUAAGUGGCAUCAAUAAGGGAUUAUAGCUUUCACCUAGAUUCACAUGGUCAGUCUAUGUGAUGGAAAGAGGAGGUGUCCUUAAUGUUUUGUACACUCAGUACACAACUGGAGUUGCUUACCAACACAACAUUGAAUGUUCCUGAGUGGCCUAGUUACUGUUUUGAAUUAAAUCAGCUUGAAAAUCUAUGGCAAGACUUGAAAAUGGCUGUAGCAAUGAUCAACAACCAACAUGACAGAGCUUGAAGAAUUUUAAAUAGAAUAAUGCGCAAAUAUUGUACAAUCCAGGUGUACAAAGCUCUUAUAGACUUACCUAGAAAGACUAAUCACUACCAAAGGUGAUUCUAACAUGUAUUGACUCAGGGUUGUGAAUACUACUGUAAAUGAGAUAUUUCUGUAUUUUCAUUUUCAAUAACAUUUCUAAAAACAUGUUUUCACUUUGUCAUUAUGGGGUAUUGUGUGUAGCUGGGUGGGGAAAACAAUCUAUUUAAUCCAUUUUGUAUUCAGGCUGUAACACAACAAAAUACUUUCUGAAUGCACUGUAUUAUGAAGAAAAACUUGUGGGGAUUAAAAAAUAUAUAUAUUCAUAAUUAUACAAGGAUCAGUGUUCAUCGGUUUAGUAUCUCUAAUACAUGCAAUAGGAACAGUGAUCACUGAGCUCAUUACCAAAGACACCACUGGACAAAUACUUGUGGGGGCUAUUUGUCAGAAUAAGGUCAAUCAGUGAGGAGUUUGCUGGAUGUUUAGCAUUCAUCCGUGUGGAUUUUGCAAUCAGUUGAGUCAUGUUAAAGUCAAGACAAAUAUUCUUAAAAUGGUCUGAGGCCGGGGUAAACCAAUCUAAGUUAAAAUCCCCUAAAACAACUCAUUCAGAUUACAGUAAAAGUUUUAAAUACUCAGAAAUAAUACUAACAGCGUCCUGCCAGAUACCAAAAGUUACAUUUUUAGAACGAUCUGUGAGAAGGUUCUAGCUAAUGUAUGGAUGUGGAUGUCCAAUUAAGGUCUCAGGCUCCAAAUGACUGUCAUGAUGAUUUAUUUAAAAAUUCAUUGCAAUUUGCUCUUUAACUCCAUCUGUUCAGUACCUGAUAGAGCAGACCCAGAAGACCUGGGCAUUCAUUUCAACGCCCCAGGACGGUCCAUUUACUUUGUGAUGUGAAAAUUAUGUGAUGAAAUCCUGCAAUCUCAAUGCUGCAGUCCCCUCCAAUAGUAAGCAAUGUACAGUAAUAGCUGGCAAUGUAAUCCAAGUGCUGGGCGCUAAGCCAAACGCCCAGAACUGCUGAUGACAGACCAGUAGGUAACUGAACUGCUUGUUUUGAACAAAAUAUUUUUUUAACAGUACAAUGUGCAUAAAUUAACCAAACCUUUAUUGACAUUUUAAACAUAAUCCUUGAAAAUAAUGAAAAUAAUGGACGGGCCACCACUGUCCUGGACUAAAAAGCACUUUGAAUGGAGUUUUUUAUUAAGCAUGCCUUUUAGUUCAGAACUAGGUUAGGCCAGGAAAGUGGCCCUUAAAGGGGCAAUCCGAAGUUGAAACAAGCACCCCGCCUCUGUUUUGGUAAAAAGCUGAACAGGGCCUGGAAAAAUGUAACUACUUUUAAAUUCAUAGACAGAGCUAUUGAUGCAAGGACUAACCAUCCAAGAGAUCAACAUGAUAGUGUUAAGAAUAUUAGUUUUUAAGCAUAUGUUGCAUAACAAGCACAUUUUGAGGCUAUACAGUGUUUAUUUACAUUUACAAUGUUUACAAAUGUUGGAGUAAAACAUGCUUAUAUUUUGGGUUCUGAUGGGGUACGACAGUUGAACUCAGCUGAUGAGGCAUUUAUAGGUUAUAUUCUUCAUUGUCCCUUUAAGGUUUAGUUGAGGCACAAUGGUUCUACACAGACUUAUCAUUAUCCAAUGAUUUUAUUAAAACACUAAGCUGUGUUUUUAUGAAUGGUUAAAAUGUGUGACCAAUGUUCUACAGAUUUGUACUGAGUAAAUACUUUUAGAAGCUGUGCUGUCAUUGCUCAUUCAUUGUUGUGUGACCCAAACAGUGUGUGAUGCAAAUUAAUAGACUGUAUGACACACACUAAAUAGAUUGUGCUACACAAAUAAAAUAUACAAUAUACUGUAUGAUGCAAAUAAACUACAAGGCCACAAUUAGAUAAGUUUACACCCAUACUAGGUAAACAAAUAAAAACAGAGGCGCUUAAAGACAUCAGCACAAUCUAUGUAAAGGGUUUCAAGAGUGACGUCCCUUCUGAUGUCUUUCAGUUUACAGAACCUAGUACCUAUGCGCUAGGCUUUGCACAUGCCUACCCCAUAGCCUCAAACAACGUUAAGAUCGUUGGGCCAGUAACCGAAACCAAAAGGUUGCUGGUUUGUAUCCCCGAGCCGACUAGGUGAAUAAUCUGUUGAUGUGCCCUUGAGCAAGGCACUUAACCCUAAUUGCUCCUGUAAGUCCCUCUGGAUAAGAGCAUCUGCUAAAUUAAAAAAUCUAAAUGUAGUUCCACCACCUUAGGUUAGGAGACUGCAUAGAGUCGACAUCUGUGCUACAACAGAAGUUGCUAGGAGAUGGUUUCAUAUUUGUUGUAAUUGAUGCACUAAUUCAUAGGAUUGCUGCCCAUUCGUAGCAUAAUAUCUUUAGAAUGAAUAAUGACUUUUGCUAUUAUGUGUUUCUCCUAUCAGGUCAGGACCACUGACACUGGAGCCCAAUGCUGUCACAUCUGCUCCUGCAACGCCCUCUACUGCUAAUCCUGUGUCUCCUUGACCUGCCGCCACUCCCCCAGUACUCUCUCCCUCUCCCUCUCUCUCUCUGUGUGUGUGUGUGUGAUUGUGUGGGCGGAGACAGGUGUGCUGGAGUCAGAGCAGAUCCCCACUAGCUGCAACCUGUUCCCUAAUCAAGACCUCUACAAAUACUCAGUCCUGCCACUUCCACACUGCCAGAUCGUAAUCUCUGCUCAGUCAGUCUACGGUUCUAGCCGUUUGUUACUAUUCAUAUCCUGUUGUAUCUGUUUUCCUUGCCUGACGCUGUUUUCCUCUCCGCUACAGUUCUGCCUGCUCUGACUCUGGUCUCUGUCUCCAGUCCCACGUCUCGUCAUCCUGCUACUCUGUCCUGGAUUCCCCACUCUACUACUCCCUUGGAUUCCCCUCCGGACCUGCUCACCCUGUCUCAACCCCCCUUGCUCCAGCCGCUGCCUCCGUACCUGGUUUCCAGCAGUUUCCCCUGACCUGCCCUCCAUCUCCCCCCGGUGUCUCAAUAAAUACCUUGGUUACUUCAUCCUAGUCUCCUCGUCUGAGUCUGCUCUUGGGUUCCCCUGUUCCACUCCGCGUAACUUUACGAUCUGGCCAAAGAGAUGAACCCAGCAGACUCUGCUACUCUCCACCAAACCCUCGUCGGCCAAGGCGCCCUGCUCGAGCAAAAUGACCAAGACCUGAAGACCCUUCUGGAGCACAUCAAGGAGUUUUCACAGAGCCCGUCUUUCUCCUCCGUUCCGGGAGCCAUUUGUUCUGACUCCCGAGUGUUACGAUGGCAAUCUUGGAGCCUGCAGAGCCUUUUUGGUACAAUGUUCACUAGUAUUUGAGCAACAGCCCAACUCUUAUGCUAGCGAACGGGCCAAGAUUUCCUUUCUGAUUGGCUGCCUCUGUGGAGCAGCGCUUUCCUGGGCCACGGCGGUUUGGGAGAGACAGUCCCCCAUCUGCUUCUCCUACUCCAGAUUCACGGAGGAGAUGAAGAAAGUCUUCGACCACCCGGUCUGUGGUAAGGAUGCCGCUAAACGACUCCUGACCCUCCGUCAAGUCCCCCAUAGUGUUGCUGAGAUGGCAUGUGAGUUCCGCACCCACGCCGCUGAGAGUUACCCAGUUGGGCCUGGACACUGUCCCACUCGAUUCACCCCUCGAUGCCAAUGCUCUCAAUGGACAGCUCCUCACUCGUGUCUGUGAGAGAACCGUCCCGAUCAUCCUGCGUCUCUCUGGAAAUCACCAGGAAAAUAUCAGUUUCCACAUAAUCGACUGUCCUUACUCUCCCCUGGUUCUUGGACAUCCAUGGUUAAAACUACACAACCCACAGAUUGACUGGACCGCCGAAAAAAGUAAACACUUGGAGUUCAUUUUGUCACUCUAAUUGUUUACAUUCUGCCCUUCCCCCUGCCUUGUCUGUGCCCCAGUUCAUUCCAGAACCUCCAGACCUGUCAUCAGUUCCUCCCCGAGUAUCACGAUCUAGCUCCUGUGUUCAGCAAGCACCACGCCCUGUCGUUGCCGCCUCAUCGGCCGUACGACUGCGCCAUUGGCCUGGAGCUCCUCUCCCCAGUAGCCGGUUGUUUAACCUCUCUCAUCCCGAACAAGAGGCUAUGGAGAGGUACAUCCAGGAUUCUUUGGCUGCAGGACUUAUCAAGCCAUUUUCCUCUCCGGUGGGUGCUGGGUUUUUCUUUGUGAAGAAGAAGGAUGGGUCACUGAGGCUGUCCAUUGACUUCCGUUGGCUGAAUAAUAUCACUGUUAAGAACAAGUAUCCCUUGCCACUCAUCAGCUCUGCUUUUGCCCCCCUCCAUGGUGCCUCUGUGUUUACAAAACUCGACCUCCGGAAUGCCUACCACCUUGUCCGCAUAAGAGAGGGGAACGAGCGGAAGAUUGUGUUCAACACACCACUUGGUCACUUUGAAUAUUUGGUCAUGCCUUUUGGUCUUAAUAACACCCCUGCUGUGCCUUAGCUCCAGUCUACACCCCGGGUCAAAAGGUAUGGCUCUCAUCUAAGGACCUGCCAUUGAAGGUGGCAUUGAAGAAACUUUCUCCCCGAUUCAUUGGUCCCUUUGAAAUUGACUGUGUCAUUAACCCCUCUGCGGUGCACCUGAAACUCCCAGCCUCUCUAUAUCCCUGAUUAAACCUGUCUGCUCCUGUCACCUGUCUCCUCCUGCAGCAGCUCCUCUAUCCCCUCGGCUCAUCGGUGACCAUCCUGCCUAUACCGUCCGGCAGCUUCUGGACGUGCGCCGCCGGGGUCGUGGCUGGCAGUACCUGGUUGACUAGGAGGGAUACGGGCCUGAGGAGCGCUGCUGGGUGCCCCGCCUUCACAUUCUGGACCCCUCCCUCUUACGGGAUUUCUAUACCACACCCAGAUAAGCCUGGUUGGCGCCAGUAGAGGGGGGGGGGGGGGGGGGGGGGGGAGUACUGUCACAUCUGCUCUUGCAACGCCCUCUACUGCUCAUCUUGUGUCUCCUUGACCUGCCGCCACUCCCCCCGUUCUCGCUCUCUGUGUGUGAUUGUGUGGGCGGAGACAGGUGUGCUGGAGUCAGAGCAGAUCCCCACCAGCUGCAACCUGUUACAUAAUCAAGACCUCUACAAAUACUCAGUCCUGCCACUUCCACACUGCCAGAUCGUAAUCUCUGCUCAGUCAGUCUACGGUUCUAGCCGUUUGUUACUAUUCAUAUCCUGUUGUGCCUGUUUUCCUUGCCUGACGCUGUUUUCCUCUCCGCUACAUUUCUGUCCGCUCUGACUCUGGUCUCUGUCUCCAGUCCCACGUCUCGUCAUCCUGCUACUCUUUCCUGGAUUCCCCACUCUACUACUCCCUUGGAUUCCCCUCCGGACCUGCUCACCCUGUUUCAACCCCUCUCGCUCCAGCCGCAGCCUCCGCACCUGGUUUCCAGCAGUUUCCCCUGACCUGCACUCCAUCUCCCCCCUGUGUCUCAAUAAAUACCAUGGUUACUUCAUCCCAGUCUCCUCGUCUGAGUCUGCUCUUGGGUUCCCAUGUUCCACUCCGCGUAACAAAUGA